AUGAAUACAAGACAAUUUUCUAUAUCAUCGUUUCUACUAAUAUUAAUUAUUUAUGAAUUGACAACAGCUGUUAUUAUCAAUGAUUUUCCACGAAUUUUAACUCGAACAUAUAAUCAAACAUUAAAUCUAUCUGAUUUAGCUAUAUUAACAUGUCAUGUUACUAAUUUAGGUAAUCAUCAUGUAACAUGGCUUAAAUAUGAUCGAAAUACUUCAACAUUUUUACCAUUAACUGUUGGUGAACAAGUUUUUUUAUCUGAUAAACGUUAUUCAGUUUCAUAUUAUUCAAUAUCACAAGAUAAUUCAUAUUGGAAUUUAGAAAUUUAUAAUGUAGAAUUAUCCGAUGAAGGUAUAUAUGAAUGUAAAAUAUCAAAUCGUCGUCAAAGUGUAUCAAUUAAAAUUAAUUUAUAUAUACAAAUACCAAUGAUUAUUCAACCAUCACGUUUAUAUGUUGAACCAGGUUCAAAUGUUGAAUUAGAUUGUAUGAUUUAUAAUAUAAAUACAUCAUCAAUAACAUGGCAUUUUUCAAGUUAUAAUUAUACAUAUGAUUAUUAUCAUUAUGAUUAUGAUAUAUAUGAAAAAUAUCAACAUGAAAAAAAUAUUUCAAAAUCUCAAUUAAUUAUUCGACAUGUACAACCAUAUCAUUCUGGUUUAUGGACAUGUACAUAUAAAAGACAAAAACGAAGUGCAAGAAUUUAUGUAGAAAAAGGCGCCAUGAAACGUUUGUUAUCGAACAAUCAUUCUUCAUCUAAUAUACAAUGUACAAUGAGCCUCAUCUUAUUUGCACUUCUGCUUGGUUAUCAUAUGACUCAUAGAAUAUAA